AUGGUUUCGACAGCCUAGAACGAGCGAAACGGCACUUCCGGGAAGAUGGCGGCGCACAGAUCACAGCUGGCACAUGUUUCUGCGGAGAGGACCUUGCACUAACGAGGGAAGAUAGUGACCCCUUUUCUUCUCUGGUGAGGGCCUGAGGACAGUGACUCUUUUCUCACCAUGAGUGUCACCCCAGAGGUCAAGAGUCGUGGGAUGAAGUUUGCUGAGGAGCAGCUGCUAAAGCAUGGAUGGACUCGAGGCAAAGGCCUGGGCCGGAAGGAGAAUGGCAUCACCCAGGCCCUCAGGGUAACGCUGAAGCAGGACACUCAUGGGGUGGGACACGACCCUGCCAAAGAGUUCACAAACUACUGGUGGAAUGAUCUCUUCAACAAGACUGCGGCCAGCUUGGUAGUGAAAACUGGGCAGGAUGGCGUACAGAUAAGGUGCCUGUCUAAGGAGACCACCCGUCAUGAUCAUGCCAAGCCCAACUUGCUGUAUCAGAAGUUUGUGAAGACGGCCACACUGACUUCAAGUGGGGAGAAGCCAGACAAUGACUUGGAAAGCUGCAGUGAUGACGACAGCCAGGGGCCCAAGCCUCCAAAGAUUCUGACUGAUGAGAUGAUGCUCCAAGCCUGUGAGGGGCGAACAGCACACAAGGCUGCCCGUCUUGGGAUCACGAUGAAGGCUAAGCUUGCUCGGUUAGAGGCCCAGGAGCAGGCCUUCCUGGCUUGUCUCAAAGGCCAGGACCCUGGGGUCCCUCAACUGCAGUCUGAGAGCAAGCCCCCACAAAAAAAGAAAAAGAAAAGGAAGCAGAAAGAGGAGGAAGAGGCCACGGCAACUGAAAGGAAUGCAGAAGAGUACCCAGAACACACUGACCAGAGUGUCAGAAAAAGCAAGAAGAAGAAAAGACGGCAUCAAGAAGAAAGUGUCACAGAUGAGAGAGAGGGAACAGCU